AUGGGACAAAAUCUAAAAAUAAAUAGAUCAUUUAAUGGUGGGACGAAGGGAGUAUAAUACUAGUGACCAGGACGAAAAAGAUUCAGUAUUAUCAGCAAACUCGAGAUCAAAUAAGUAUUUCCCUAGACAAGGAAUUCAUGAUAAUCUUCAUCGGACGCCACCUCCUAAUUUGACUACUGCUAGUAGUACUAGUACCCGUUCUUCUUCUGCGUCAAGGGAUAGACCCAAUUGGCAACAACAAUCAUCUGGAUAUUCCUCAAGUUUAAGGAGCACUGGUACAGCGAAAGAUCGUCCCUCCGCCUCAAGGGGAAGUAGAUAUAACAACAACAGCACUAUCAAUGAUAAUAAUCCAGCAAAAUCACUGUCAGCUGAUCAAGAUCAACGCCCGAUGACUGUCGCUAACACCAGUAGUCGAUCUUCUUCUGCAUCAAAGACUCGACUUAACAACAACAUAAACAAAUUAUCCUCAUCAACUGAUGAAGAUCGUCAUCUCGGUAAUCAACAACAUUCACAUGUAAAACCUCUAAGGCAAUCAGUUUCUCCAAGUAUGACAAAGGGAAGAAAUUCCAUCAGCAUACGUAAUCAUAAGCAGCCUGAAAUAAACAAUGAGCAUGCAUCAACAAUAAUUGUGAGCAGUAGAGGGAGAAAUCAUCCAUCAUCAGGAGGAAGUAACAAUCAAUCAUCACAUAAUCUCUUUGGAAGUAAAAUGGUGGAUAAGGUGAUGAAUGCAAGAAGGUCAACAACAUUAUCAUCAGUAGCUGUUGUAAAUAAGGAGAGAGAAAUAAGUCAUAAGCAAAACGCUAGGGGAUUCGCCUCCUCCUCCUUGAUGAUUAACAAUGAGGUCGCUGGUUUCAGAAAAUCAUCACCGUCAUCGGCUGCCCAAAACCAAGAUAAGUUUGAAAGUUCCACUUCCUCUUCUUCUUUACCCAUCAGCAAUGAGAAACCAAGUGCAGGAAUACUUAAAACUUCAUCUGAUAUGGCUCUCCGGGACAGCAAGGAUACAAGAGAAAUAAAUCAUCAAGCAGCAAAUUUAACAAGAAAUGUCAAAAACAGUAAACAUGAUCAUUCCAGCAUCAGACGCGCCAUCGAACAAAGUAGGGUGUGCAUGAAUGUAGAAGUAAUCAAACUAACCACUGUAACUGGAGAUAAAAAAGGAGAAAAGGAAAUUUACAGUCAGGGGAGAGAAAUAAUCAUGCAAAAUAUUGCGCGUUUUGUGUUGAAUUCAGUAUGUAUUCUUCAGUGAUCAACACUUCAUUGAAAUGCUUUAAAGUGUCCGGUUAAUAACAUAUCAUCUCUUGAGUAUACAAUUUAGUACUUGUUUAUUUACUUUUC